ACAAUUUAUUUUCGCUGGAAAAAAAACAAGUUUUAUUUCUGCCCUUUACAAAUUAUUUAUCGGAUUUUAAACCGCUUAAAAACAUGUCUUUAGUUGCCUAUGCGGCCAGCAGUGAUGAGGAUUCGGAAUACAGCGAAGACGAUACUCUCACUUCCAAUGCAAAAGCCAGAGAAGGAACUGCCCCCCGAUCCAAUGGAACCAAUGAAAAAAUAGCCAAUGGCACGAUAAGUGACGAUGAGGAUGACUAUGCACCAACAGAAUUUACUGCGUUGCCUAAUCCAGCAAAAAUAUCGCAUGGCCUGUCGCUGCCUAAACCUAAAAACAUAAAUAAUUCAAAAACCGAAGAUGAAGAACUAGAAGAAUUGGCUCCUAAAUUUUCCAAGCUUCCUCUACCAAAAAACAAAGUAGACAGCAGCGUAAUUAUAGAAGAAGACGAUGAGUUUUUACAUAAAAAAGCGUCACUACCUGUUGAAGAAGUGAAACCUAAGCCUGUACUAAUAGCGCCUAAUAAAGGUCCUGUUAGAAUUACUAUACCAUCAUUAAAAGAAUUUAAUGAUGUUGAUCAAGAUAUGGCAGGCAAAACUAAAAUCAAGUCUUUACCAAAAGGGCAAAAGAAAUGUAGUCUGCUGAAUAUGUUACCGCAGGCAAAAUCAGAACAAAAUUUCAGCAAAGCUACAACUGCGAACAAACCAGAUAGUGGCACAAAUAAUAAAGCGAAUGAAAUGCCAAAACCCACAGCAGUUAAUCCUUUUAUUCCGGAUACUGUAAAAAAUCGACGCCCCGCACAUAAUACCGAGUGUGUGGAUGGUAUGAAGAUAAUUACGAAAAAAUCGGCAGCCAAGCCAAAAAUAACAUUAGUUGAAUGUAGCAACAGCGACGAGGAUAGUGAUGAAGGUGGCGACUUCUUUUCACUUAAAUCUGAAGAUAAACUGCCUGAGGUUAGCAUGAAUGAAAUAAAGGCAAUAGUAGCGCAACGUGCAGCUAAAAUGGUCAAUGCAGCUGCAGAGUUCUUGAAUAAAGCUGCUGAGCAAGAAAAAGCCCAAGUAGAAACUAUGGAAAUAGAUUACGAGCAACUUUCGGCUGAACAUAAUCAUAAUAAAGCCAUAUUGGACCAAACUGCCAUACAAGCAUUAGCUGGAAGUACUGCAAAGCGAAGAAGAAAAGAAGAGAACAUACAGGUCGUCGAUAUUUCAAGUGCUGAAGUACUACCAAGUAGAGAGGAAUGGAUGCGAACAGCUUUAGCAUCUUCUACUGCCUAUCAACCCACUGGGGUGCUAGUUGAUGAAGAGCCAGCAGCAGGCACUAGACGAAAACAUCAAAUAACUUAUCUGGCACAUAAAGCGAAGGCCAACGAAGCUGAAUUACAGGCAAUGUGGUCUGCAAAUCGUCAAACUCGGCGAGCUACACAAAGCAAAUAUGGUUUCUAGAAGUUAAUUGUAUUAAUUUUAUUGCAUAGCAUGUUUUAUCUAAAAAAAAAAUAAAGUAAUGAAAUACACACAUA